CUGGGUCUGGGCAGCUGCCAGCGACCGAGAUGAAUAUAAGCCAGAGCUGCAGCUCCUGCCAAGGCUGGGAGGGGAGACCCGAGAGGGUCAUCGUGCCUCUGGUCUUCUGUCUAAUCUUCCUGCUGGGUACAGUGGGCAACAGCCUGGUCCUAGCUGUGCUCCUUCGGAAUGGCCAGAUGACCAGCAACACCACCAACCUGUUCAUCCUGAACCUGGGCAUUGCCGACCUCUGUUUCAUCCUGUGCUGUGUGCCCUUCCAGGGCACCAUCUACACCCUGGAUUCCUGGGUCUUCGGCUCCUUCAUGUGCAAGCUCGUCCAUUUCUUCAUCUACCUGACCGUCUACGCCAGCAGCUUCACCUUGGCCGCAGUCUCCGUCGACAGGUACCUGGCGAUUCGCUACCCACUGCGAUCCCGGGAGCUGCGGACUCCCCGAAACGCCCUGACCACCAUCUGCAUCAUCUGGGCACUCUCUCUCAUCUUUGCUGGCCCUUACCUCAGCUACUAUCAGGUGAUCCACUACAGAGAGCUGACCCUCUGCUUCCCAGUCUGGGACGACUACAGGCGCAAGAUCAUGGACAUUUCCACCUUCAUCUUUGGGUAUAUCAUCCCAGUGUUGAUUCUGAGCCUGGCCUAUACCAGGACCAUCAGGUAUCUUUGGACUGCUGUGGAUCCCAUCGAAGACAUGUCUGAAUCCAAGAAAGCCAAGCGCAAGGUAACGAAGAUGAUCAUUAUCGUGGCUGUCCUGUUCUGUCUCUGCUGGCUGCCCCAUCACCUGGUUAUCUUGUGUUUCUGGUUCGGCCACUUCCCUCUCAAUCAGGCCACCUAUGUCUUCAGGCUUUUGUCACACUGCAUGUCCUAUGCCAACUCCUGCCUCAACCCCAUUGUCUACGCCCUGGUCUCCAAACACUUCCGCAAAGGCUUCAAGAAAGUCUUCAACUGCCUCCUGAGGAAAACAGUGGUCAGCAAAGUGCACGUGGUGCAAGUGGCCCAUAUGGAGGUUGGCUCCACCGAGGCCUUGCACAUCACUGAACACCACAACCCAACAAGCAGUCACCAGUGGAGUCAGCCAGCUUCUCCAGGCCAUGAGGUGGCACCACCAGGAACUUUCUUGGCCUUCAGUGUGACCUAAACCUCUGAACAUGAGCUGAGGGCAGAGGCAGAUAGUGAGCUGGGUGGGUGGACUGAUUUGCAUUCUAAACUUUUCCACACAGACAAAACAAAAAAAGGGAUUUGUAUUGCACAAGAAGUGGCACUGGUCUGAGGACUAUUAGACAGAGACAUGUUAAAACAACUGAGAUGUGGCUUGUGACACCAACAGUGAAAAUAUUCUAACAGGCAAACGUGUGUUCAGAUACGAGUCCUGCCAAUACAUGGUCUUGAGCGAGACAUUGUGAGGAAGGAUUGUUCUGAAUGUUAAGUGUGUGUGAAUCUUCAAAAAGAACACGCACAGGAACAAUGGAACCAUGGUUUACUGCACAGCGGUCGUUGUGAAAUUAUUGACUGAUGCAUUUUGUUGUACAUAUUUCCACCCUGCCAAAUAUGCCGAAAUGUCCACAAUGUUUUAAAGCUGAGAGUGUUGUUAUGAGGAAAGUUGCAACAAAUUGUCUUGAUUUCUCCUGGCUUGAAAAGAUUGAGGGGAGCUGACUAGGAUAUUUAUAAUGUUAAUAAGUUCUUAUCGGACAAAUAGAGAGAGAGAGGCACUAUUUUCUCUAAUGAGAGUAACAGGGAUGUGUGGAUGUCAUUUAAUAUUUAGAGCCAGGAAAGAAUAGUGGGAAUCUGAAACCUACCCUCCCUUAGGGUUGUAGUUUCUGUGAGACAGUUGAAAUCUUUGAGAGGUGAAUCUCCAUGUUGUUGUUGGGUAUUAAGGAGAAAAAGCAAGUAUUAGAUUUGAGAUAUUGAUCACACAUGAUCUCGCUAACUGGCCAAACAGGCCUGAGGGGCAGAAUGGCCUUUUCUUUCCCUGUGUGGCCAAGAGCAUCAGCCUAACUGAGCUUGGCAAACAUUUCCUGAGAGCACCGCCCUUGAAAGGAACUUGUUACUCGUCCCACUCUCCACCAGUAAGAACUAAGAAAUGGCUUGCAUUUAUCUAUAACCUUCCCAAGUCUCUCAAACAUCGGAAAGUGCUUCACAUACAGCGAAUGACAUUGCAGUCCAGUGCUUGAGUAAAUGGAGAAGCUGUUUUUACAUAACUAUACAAACAACAGUGAGACGUCAACGGAGUCAUCUCAUCUGGGUGGGAUUGGGAAUGGGAGGAAUUCUAAUCAGGACAACGGGCGUUAAAACAUUGUUUUUGUUUGAAAAAUAGUAUGUGAAUGGCAACUAUCUCCAGAGGAGGAUGUCAAUAUCCUAGUCCUUUUGAACUGAACUGAAAUGGCAUUGAGAUUAUCUGAGGUUCUGAACUGGGCCUUAAGUCUACAACUUGCCUGACUCAUCAUUCAUAGAUGAAUACUAUUGUACUCAUUCCUGAUGAAGGGAUUAUGCCUGAAACAUUGAUUUUCCUGCUCCUUGGAUGCUGCCUGACCUGCUGUGCUUUUCCAGCACCACACUCUCGACUCUGAUCUCCAGCAUCUGCAGUCCUCACUUCUUCCAGCACUAAGGGAAUCUGAUCAACAUUAAGUUGGGUCACUGAGUAGUAACAGGGUGAGAUUAGUGAAAUUAAUGGCUUAAUCUUGUGGGUGAGACUUGAGGGUAUAUUCUAUCAGAUAGCACCCAGCUGGGGAAAGGAUGGUGUUGUAGAUAUUUCAGGUAAGAGCCAGGGGGGCUACAAUAGUAUUCAUCUGUGAAUAAUACCACCUCCUUCCCCAGUUCAAUAAUCAGAGUCCACUCACCAGUGCCUGUUGAAUUAUAGAACCAUAGAAUCAGGCCAUUCAGCCCAUUGCUAUACCUGUAACCCAUGUACCUGUCUAACUUCACUGGACGAGGAAAUUAGGGAGAAACAUCCUGUAACCACCAAUCCCCCCCGGGACAUAAUGGAGGGAGGGGAAUUAUGCUUGGAGAUGAUGAUUGUUGUGAGUGAAUAUUCAGAAGGUGCCCGGAGAGUUAGAGUCAUAGAGCCAUAGAGAUGAACAGCAUGGAAAUAGACCCUUCAGUCCAACCUGUCCAAGCCGACCAA